AUGGGCCACCACAACCGCCACUUUGCCGGCGAUAGGUACGCCGGUGCUGGUGUCUGGGGAGCGCCCACAAGCACAGCCAACUUCUGCGAAGAGGAUUACGCUGUCACUCUCUACAUUGCAGAGUUUAUGAAUACCUUGACCAACUUAGCGUACAUCUACUUUGCCAUCCGCUAUCCAGGUGUCUCAUCGUCGAAGCAGACAGCGACAAAAGACAAGUCCCACCCCCCGGCGCCCUCGUGGACCCGCCCGGACUUCCUCGCCGUCUCCCUCUGGAUUCUUGGCACCUUUUCGCUCGUCUUCCAUGCCACCCUCAAGCAUGCGACGCAAUAUGGCGACGAGAUAGCCAUGCUGGUGCUGGCCGGAGCACUGCUGCGAGGUGUCUGGCCGCACAGUAUGGCCGCUACGGUCGGCUCGGCAGCUGCAGUGGUCGCGGCAUCGGCUCUCUAUCUCGUUACCGCCCAGAUCCUACACCACGUGUUCGCCUUCAACAGUAUGAUUCUCGUGACCGGCCUUCGCACGCUCUUCCUCAUUUUUUGGCGCAGGCCCGUCGCAAACCGGCCGCGAUACCUCCACCAGUUUUCCCGUGCCGUCGGCACCCUGGCCUUUGGUUACUUCCUCUGGCAGAUAGAUCUUGAGAUGUGUUCGAGCCUGCGUUCUGCACGCAAUUUUGUCGGCAUACCACUCGCCUGGCUACUUGAAUUUCAUGGCUGGUGGCAUAUUUGUACUGCUCUCGGCGCCAGCCUUUAUAUCCGGCUUAUCCGCGAUAUUGACCCUUGA